CCCCUGCCUGUCCAGGCCACACACCCCGGCCCAGAAGGCCCUGCCAGAACCAACCCUUCUCAUCAGGAGCCAAGUCUGCAGUGGCAGUCAGCCUGCACGAUGAGUGCCCCCGCCGCGACCCCCAUCUUCGCGCCUGGUGAGAACUGCAGGCCUGCGUGGCUGGAGGCACCCGCGUCCUAUGAUGCGUCAGACACGCAACUGCAGAUCCUGGGCAAGCCCGUGAUGGAGCGCUGGGAGACCCCCUACAUGCAUGCGCUGGCGGCGGCCGCCACCUCCAGAGGGGGUCGGGUCCUGGAGGUGGGCUUCGGCAUGGCCAUCGCAGCCACCAAGGUGCAGGAAGCCGCCAUCGAAGAGCACUGGAUCAUUGAGUGCAAUGACGGCGUCUUCCAGCGGCUCCACGACUGGGCUCAGCAGCAGCCACACAAGGUGGUUCCUUUGAAAGGCCUGUGGGAAGAGGUGGCACCCACUCUGCCAGAUGGUCACUUUGAUGGGAUCCUGUACGACACUUACCCGCUGUCCGAGGAAACCUGGCACACGCACCAGUUCAACUUCAUCAGGGCCCACGCUUUUCGCCUGCUGAAGACGGGGGGCAUCCUCACCUACUGCAACCUUACCUCCUGGGGGGAGCUGAUGAAGUCCAAGUACUCCAACAUCACUACCAUGUUCGAGGAGACGCAGGUGCCAGCGCUGCUGGAGGCAGGCUUCCGGAAGGAAAACAUCCAUACACAGGUGAUGGAGCUGGUCCCACCUGCCGACUGCCGCUACUAUGCCUUCCCACAGAUGAUCACACCCCUGGUCACCAAGCACUAAGUCUGGUGGCCCCAGGCUUAGCCACCUAUGGCCUCCCCACCUCCCAGUGCCUUUGUGACCAGGAGCUCAGGCUCCAACUUUACAGCCCAGGUUCUAACUGAAGCAGCACCAGCUGUGUGACCCUGGCCACCUUCCCUAACCUCUGCAAGGGGACUAACACCAGCCUCUUUCCAGGGUCAGGGGGAUAAAAUAAAUGCUGACACUGGGCUGGCCAAUCAGCAGCCUGAUGCGCAAGUACACUCUCACUCACUCCUCCUGUCCCUCCAGAAAAAGAAAUCUGUUAAAUGAACCUUCAGGGAGUCAGUGGGCAAGCUCUCAGCUCCACUGUGUAGGCUAUGAACCCCACCCUGUCCAUGGGAGACAUCACCAAUCAGUCAUCUAUGGCUCCUUCCCCUAGCCAGCCAGGACAGCUGCCCCUCCUUCCCUGUGGCUGGCAGCUGGGGUCCAAGGGCGUACAGAACUAGGUCAGGACUGCAGGGAAUACAGCAGCUCCAGGCCCAGGUCCUUGGGCUACUGAGAAGGGUCUCUGGUCCCACCUAGUCAGAGUGAACCACAAAAUAAAGCAAAACCUUUACAUCUGGACCCUCAUAGGAUCCUCAGCCACCGGA